CAAAAACAACCUCACCGUCGCCAUCAAACGGAGCUGGACGACAGACUGCAAACUCUUCACCCUGUGAAAAGGCGAAAUGUGGAGUGGGAGACCUACAAUGAAAUCUUAUUCACGCCUGCCUCAUUGUCAAGUUAUUGAUGCACCGCAUACUUUUGGGAGAAUGCAUCAGGAGCCGUGCGGCCGCGUGGACUGUACAAUGCGGACUGACUCCCGAAAGAGAAAAAAGACUGCAAAUGGACUCUACUGGCAUUUCUAUAGUGGAAAGUGGAAGGCAAGAAAGGGAGACUGACUAUUCUUGUCAAUCCGGAUCGAGCAAAAUUGUCACGAAUUACAAUCCCCGCUAACAAAGUUUGCGCGGUGCCUAUUUCUGGUAGUCAAUAACAUCCAUGGAUGAAACACUCACCGUUGCUUUUUAUUUUCGGGGCUAUUUCGUGCUUCAUGCCCCGCGCGUGUGGCCUUGUCUACCUGCUCGAAGAGGAACUUAUUCCGGCCUUCCAUCCUUGCGUGACUGUCAUUUAAGUAAGUAACCCUAAGUAAGUAACCCUAAGGUUUCGUGAUUUUGGCCGAUUUCUCCUAGUGUAUUUUGAGAUCGAGGGUAUUCAUGUCAGGGUUCACCACCCUUUUGGAAGUGAUCCUCUUUUGCCCUAGAUUUCGUUUGCUGGCGCCUGUUGAAGGUACUGUACAGCCGUGUUGCUCUCCGUACUACUGAUGGCUGCGAUAAAGACUGUCCUCGCAGCUGGGACUUGCCAUGCCUUUCUUGUUCUGCACAACACACUUCCUAGCGGUCGGAGCUUAUUAUCCUACCCAGGCAUUCUCGCGCCCGUCUAAAACGGCUGGAUAUACUCAAUGAAGGGUAUCUACCCAGGCAUGACGUUCACACGGCAGAUCAAUACGUUCCUGGGCCAGGAAAUGCCAAAGCUCCGUUUACCCGGGUUCGGCAGUUCCCACUGUCGACAAGAGUCAUUGCAGGAGGCGCAAUUCAUUGAUAGCCUCUUUUGCCUGAUGCCCUUUGGAUCGGCUACUUUAUUUGCGGGAAGUGUCCGAUCCUAUCGCUUGGAUCGCAUCCUCGAUGUCAUAUUCCAGGGCAAGGAAAACGAAAGAACGGAUGGACAAAAAAGUAACCAUCCUUAUAUAUACCUUACUCUUUAGCCCCCUCCUCUACCACGACAUAACCCCAUUACCCAUCUUCCCUGAAAUUCUCCGCCCGACUCUCCUCAGGGAGAAUUUUAUCAAAUUGACCAUCCCAUCCCCCCUGUUCUGAUUACGAAGUGAACGACCACCCUAUCCGCGGCCAAACAGUUUUCUCAACGCCGUCAUUCUCCCAUCUCCAAUUCCCAUAGCUUCCACUAUGUUUUAUCCGCUGAUUCGACGUGUCGUCACCGGCCAUAGCCCAUCUGGUAAAGCCAUCAUCGACUCAGACACCCUACUAGCACCAUACGACCCGUUAUCUGCAGAUUGCUCUCGCGGCACGGCAGACAAACUCGCUUUUACGACAAUAUGGCGCACCGAGUCCUCCCCCGCCAAAGUCGAUGGCCCGUGGACAGAUUUUAACGGUUCCCAAAUCCCUCUCGCCGAUUCCGUCGGCACUAUCAUUCGCAUUGUGGACUUCCCCCCCGGACCAGGGUUCAUGCACCGAACUGUCAGCAUAGACUUCGGCGUCGUGCUCGCGGGUGAGGUCGUGCUGGAGCUUGACAACGGGAUCAAGACGACUUUGAAGAAGGACGACAUCGUAGUUCAGCGCAGCACUAUACAUGCCUGGUCCAACUUGACGCCUGAGCCUGCACGUAUGCUCUUUGCCAUGUUGCCUGCCGAACCAGUUAAAAUCGGCAACCAGGUUCUCGAGGCCACGGUGAUCCCGUCGCCUUUUGGCGCGUCGUCCUCUACCCCCAACGGAUCUUCUGCCCGUAAUGCACCUUCUUGAUGUAUACGAGUGAAACUGUUGUUUUUGAUUGGUGUUUUCGUUUAUCUUGAUGAAUUCCUCUGACCGAAGGUCCCUAAUGUAGACUUCUUUGACAUGAAAUUCUAAUUUUUAUUUUAAAUCCUCUCUCAUACCUUCCCAGUUUCAGGAAUGAAUUACUCCUUUUGUACAGCUUAAUCUCCAGCCAGUCGCCUUUAGAUUUAUGAUAAUCCGCUAUCCGAGCUUUUUCUAACGGCUACCCACGCCCGCACUUAUUGGAGCAACUCGAAGCUAAUAGUAAGAAGACAUUUGUUAAGGACGGGCUCAUUCUCCAACUACGAGGGAACUAUAGCCACGAAAUGAUACGAUGUCCAAUUAUUUCCCCUUUUUCCUCCUUAAUCUAAGCCUCCAAUUUUCUUUCUUUCUUUCUUCUUUUCCCCUCGGUUAUGCGCCUGUCCCUGCCUUCCGUCGAGUCCUACAGAGACAUCAUGGGGUAUCACAAACAACCCCCCCGUGGUUGUGCAGAACACUGCGUCAGCCAUCCCACAUGUAUCUUGCUGUGCCACCAUAACUCUUAUGGAAUCAUUAUUUCCAAAAACGUGGCCUCAUAUCCCCAUCUCAUGCUUCUGAUAGUCCCCCAAUGCAGGAAGUAUAGUACAUGCCGAGUUUUUUUCUCGUCCGCUGGCUGUUUAUGGACAUGUCUGUGUCCGCCGCUGCUUGAUGCAAGUGCCCAGGAACUAAUUCCCACGUGUGAAUGAUCUGGGAAAGGAAGUUAUUUGUUUUUCUAAUACUGGUAAAAUAGUUUAUGGCAGGAAACAAAAAAGGCUGCUUUAAAUGAAUUAGAUGAGCAUAGGGGAUCCUGUGAUUCUAUCCUGUAAAAGGUACAAGGCGAUGUAUAGUCUGUAUACCUGAGUCUCCAUACGUAAGGUCAAAAAAUGUGAACCCGGACUCAGCCCUAGAGGGCUGUCUAGAUCCCAAACACGAAAGUGAAGAAAGGAAGAGAGCGAUACAAAACACAAACUAAACGAAGACAUCAAUCUCAUAAUGGUGUAUUAAUAUCUACCGAACCGGGCAAAAACGAAGAAAGAGCACAAACAAAGGAAAAGAAAGGAAAAAAAAAAAAAAAAAAA